UGAUUUCCGGUUCCGGUCACUGCAGAAUCAUUUCAAACGUUUGGCGCAAAAUAUGGAGAUCUGCUUGAAUAAAGAGGAAGAACAUAGGGUGAAGUUUACGUCGAAAAAAAUUGUGGUCGAACAAAUUAAGAAAUACAAAGAACUACUGAAGAAGGUUUUGAAUGGCCAAUCUCAGCUAUCCGAGGAAGCCAAGCAACUGUUACAGGAAGAGUUGCUGGUGGUGAGUUGAUCGAUUGUUUACGUCUCUGUUUGGCUAACGUUAGCUAGCCAGUUAAUGUUUUUGUAAGAUAUAUAACUACUAGCUUGCAGAGACAAAUCAAAAUACAUCUUGCGAUGUGGUACUUACGUUAGUUAAGUUAGUUAGGUAAGUUCAAUGUAGAGUCGGUGGUGCAUGAAGAAACCGCAAUAUCAGACCGACAUCCGCAACAACUAACGUUAAAGGCGCUACAUGGUCAAUCUGACAUCUGCAUUGGCUGUGCAGCAUUUAAAGCCAAGUUAUGCUUGAUACAUAAAUGUGUUCAGAGGCUUUGAAUGGCGGGUGUGACGCAGUUGCGGAGCCUCCGGAGGCAUGCAGAGGCCAAAUCAAGCUCCCUACCGCAUUGCCAUGCGCCUCUAAAAUGUUGUAACAAUGCGGAGGGCUCCAUACGGCUCUGCAUUUACAUAAUUGGGGGGCGGGAGGUCCAGUAUAAACAAACUCACUUACUUGACAACUUCCUUCACAAUAGCUCUGCUCCGCUAAGCACAAGAAGUAUGAAAGCCCUGCGGAGGCUGCAUCGCAGUAAAUGCUGAAUGGCCACUUCAGAAUGUGGAUUGACCAUGCAGAGCCUUUUAGGGUGGUGGAUUGACCAUGCAGAGCCUUUUAGGGUGAUAAGGCCUCUGCAGAAGUCAGGGCAUUCAUACUUCUUGCGCUUCAUGGAGCAGCAGAGCUGUUGUCAAGGAAGUGAGUUUGAGUUUAUACUGGACCUCACGCCCCCACCAACCAUCAACCAAUCAUGUCAAUGCUGAGCUAUAUGGAGCCCUCCACAUUGUUCCAAAAUGUAUGCUGUGCACGGCGAUGCAGUACGGAGCUCAAUUUGGCCUCUGCAUGCCCCUGGAGGCGCCGCAAUUGCGUCACACCAUCCAUACGGCGUCUCCUGCCUCAUUUUCGGAUCAAACGUAAAUUCGCUUUUAGAGAGCGAAGAAGAGCACUUGCGCAUAUGCAUACAUACUGUGUGAAUCUGUUAUUUGUAUACUAGAUGACUGAUAGGGGGCGCUGUGUUGAAGCCACCGUGACUUCAUCUUGGCACUCCCCCACAUUUUUUUUUUUUUUUACAUUUGUCAUUUAGCAGACGCUCUUAUCCAGAGCGACUUACAGUUAGCGAGUGCAUACAUUUUCAUACUGUCCUCCCCACCAUUUGAAAAAAAUAUUUAGGAAGCUAUAGAUGUGCAUUUAUUAAUGUCUACAUUAGUUUUUGCCACAUUUAUUAUAUUACAGACACCUAAAUGCAUACCUUAAAAUUAUAUUAUGUGAGAUAAAUUUUUUAUUUUUUUUUAUGAAGAAAAUAUAGACAUUUUCCUUAAAGUAUACUUAUUUUUUUGAGAUUACUAAUGUUAUUGUCCCCAAUACAAAAAAAAACUUAAAUACAUGUACCUUUGUCCAUGAAACAUUUAAUUGGAAUACUGUAGAAUUCAAUUAAUUCCUAUGGAGGACUGCGCCUACUGGGGAGUGCCAAAAUGGCCGACUGGUUACUUCAAAGCCUCUCAAUGGCCAAUACAUAGCAUCAGCAGUCCAGGUUUAUACACAUCAUUGGUGUGAAUGCAUCGCAUUCAUCUGCAAUAUCUGCAGUUCAUCCUGUUGCUCGUGGCAACGUUGUAUGGCGGAGUCUCAAUUUAACUUGAUCUCUUGAUUUUUAGAACUUCGAUACUGCUGUUCAAGAAAACGUGUUGAUCAAUAAUCAGACUUGGGAGGAGGCUCCUGAUGAAGAGGGUGAGCAUAUCUCCUAACUGUCUCCUAUUUUUUUAUACAUCUAGUGCCUUUCAGUUGAACAUAAUACAUAUCUGUGUACUGUCAGCCACAAUGCAAUUAGUUUAUUAUCCCCUUUGAUCAGUUGUUUUGAUGUUAGUGAACAUGUUUUAUAGUAAACCAGAAUAUCUGUUAAAUGCACCUGUAACUCCAUAAUUUGGAUGUUUCUGGGAAACCAUCUAUUCUUGCUGGCUGCGUGUGAUAUUAAAGUAUUAGAAAUGUAGCCUACUGUAAAUGUGAGCGCAGAUCGUUUUGAUUCUUAUUAAGCAGCUCAAGGCACAAUAGGACAUCAAUGUAAAGAUUAUUCAGUGAGGGAGGAGGAACUUGGUGUCAUCGGUGAGUUGAUAUCAAGUAGAGAUUGAACUGGACGAGUUUGUUGCUCAGUCUAAUGACAAUUAUUGGUACGAUAGAUAGAUGUUUAGUUCCCACAUUAAUGCUUUUAAACAUUUGUUAAUUCAGAAAGACUUUUAAAUUGCUUUACAUCAGUAUAAUAUCACUUCUUAGAAGAUGAAUGCAGUGCACUUGACGACCUGCUGGAUGAGAACAUUGUGGAAACGUCUCGGAAACGACGUAAAGGUCCUAAAGAGAUCCUCCCCUAUGUCGUACGGUCGCUAAAAGCGGAGCGUAAACUCAUGGUUGGUUUCACGUUUUAUUACGUCUGGGUUUAUGUAUUAUGUCAAUGAUUGAAUGGUCCCAUUGAAAAGGGUAGCAUUACUUUUGCAUAGCCAUGAUUGUCACUCUCAUACUUAAUACUGCUGUUAGAAAUUUCAUACAUUUGAAAAUAUAGCAUACACCAUGUGUUCAGACUGAAAUUAUGUUCUAUUUUUAGGGAAUGUAUGAAGAAGUAGUGAAGCCACAAGAAGUGGGAAAGGACCCAGUACAAGGUAAGCAUUUAGACCAAUCAGAUCUAAUCAACUUAAACGGUUACAGAAUAGUGUACUGAAAAUGUCUCGCUUUGCAUAACACUGGAACAUGAAAUGUUUUAUGUUCCCAUGAUUUUGCAAUUGUUUGAUAGUCAGACUCUCUCUUUUCAGAAACCAUCAUGACCAACUUAUUGGACGCUGCACCUCGUAUGUUUAGGCAAGCUAGCGCAGUAAUGAAGGUAACAGGACCGUCUAUAUAGCUUUCUCCUAUUAUUUCCCACUCAUUACACCUUCCUCUAUGUAACAUGAGUGUAUGUUUAAUAUUUGACCACAGUCUUGAGUGACUGAUGUUUGUCUGCUGUCCAGUCUCUCCAGGCAGUGCAGCAGAGGGCCGAGGGCCUGAGACAGGUGCUGAAAAUGCGUCCCACAGCUGAGUCACUGGAAGUGUUCAGGGAGGUGUUGUGCAGCAGGCCCAACGGAGAGGAAAAGACAGCUAGCGGGACCAGACCACCCAUCAAGAGAGCCAUAGAGCAAACAGAGCUCAGAAACAACUAUGCUCCUGGUCUAAAGAGGCCAGCCAUUUGUAACAGCAAUGACAAACCUGAGUGAAAGACAUGCCACAUAAUAAAUGCUUCCUGAUCAUGGAACAUGUACUCUUAUUUGUGAUUGGAAGUAUGCAAUACUGUAGUACUCUCCACGGUGAUAAGGCCUAUGUUUGCAGCAGUCUGUGAUACAAUACCGCCCUCACAUUAUGGAUAAUGGGAAAUGCACCCAAUAGUAGUGUACAUUGUUUUAUACUGUAUAUGUCACGUGUGUGUAUAUAUAUAAAUGUCUUUAGAAGAAAACAAAUA